UGUUACACCGACAUGGGGUUUCUGCUUUAUUGAUAUUGAUAACAUUUGUUUUAUUUAUUCUUAUUUUUAAAUUCAAAUUCAUUUCUUACACCGGAAAAAUGGCCGUUUUUUUCAACUGGUUCGGAAAAACGAAUAUCGAAUUUACAAACAGGCAGCUGCUGUUCCUCAUAAAUAAAAGGAACUGUGCUAAAACAGUGGCCACCCAACAAGAAACAGAUGAGGAUGGAUUUAGAAUUCUUGACUUGACAGGUAAAAAGGCUAUGACUUCUCAAGUUAAAAAAAAGCGUGAAAGCAAGCCUGUCUUCCCUCCGAGGGAGACACGAAUGCCAGUUGACCAGAUUUGGUCUGAUGUCUGGCCGGGGCCGAGGUCGUUCCAUCCUGCGUCGGUCCCGCUUCCUCUUAGACAGGGAGUGAACAAUCUCGGACCGUCACCUUCGAAAUGGGGCAACGCCGAACUUAUGAAGAUACCAAACUUUCUCCACCUCACGCCUGACGCGAUUAAAAAACACUGUAACGCCAUUAAAAAGUUCUGCUCGCCUUGGCCCGAAGAGCUGACCGACGAAAAAAUCAAAGAAAUCCUUCCGGUCGAAGUGAUAACGACCAAUUAUUGUCAUUCUUCACCUACUAUCAGAGACCCUCUUUCUAGAAUCGUCACGCUAAAGAUCCCUCUUAGUAAGCUCCAUUUAGACAAACAUGCCAGAGACAAAUUCCUACGAAUCGUAGGAGAGAGAUAUGACGAGGAUACGGAUAUUGUCACCAUAAUUACUGACAAAUGUCCUCUUAAAAAACAAAACUACGAUUAUGCGAUGUAUUUACUUACAGUCAUUUAUCAUGAAUCAUGGGUCACUGAGCCUUGGGAGAGUGAAAAAAUCGAAGAUGAUAUGGAAUAUUAUGAUUGGGAUAAAAGCAAAUCUAAAGAAAACAUAAUGAACACACUCAAGAUGAGCAACAAUGAAAAUAAAAUGGAAAGCAAAGAAGUCGAAGAAUACAAAAAUGCCGUCGUUGCUGUUUUUGAUGAAGGAGAAAACGAUUAUAACUGGAAUAGAUACAAGGAAGCAUCUGUAAAUAUUUUAUUUCCACAUUUAGCCUGAUAACAUUUACUUUGUACAUAAUACUCAUUGUGUUAAUAAAAAUUUAGUUGAAAUAGUU